UAUGGUCACAUCAAGGACUCACACAUCUUGACCGACUCGCAAAGGCAUCAAGUCGAAGAGAUCGACCCACUAUCAUGUCUCAAGCGGACACCAAAACCACCCAGUACAUGGGUACCGUCGGACCUUGCGGAGUCCGGACUACCAACUGGCCUGCCAUCGCCAACCCCAAGCUCCCUGCUGAAGGUUCAUCCUCGUUCAGCAACGUCCACCUCUUCCUCUGCAUCGUGCUCUUCCCCCGCUUGCUCCAGGCCAUCCUCCCCUUCCCCUUCAGGAUCUCAAACUCUUGGACAUGGUACUUCUUCCUCGUCGCCCUCUUUGGUGUACCCGUAGCGAUCAGCUAUUGGUGGGUCAUGAGCAGGAUCGGAACGAGGGUCAACGAGAAGUGUGUCUUGCCCGGUCGAGGCUUGGAAGGUUACGUCACUAUCAAGGAUGAGAAGCUCAGGAGGUUGUAUGGGGGUGUCGGAAACAAGAUUCCUAUGCAAGCUUUCCACGACGCCUAUUUCGAGGGCAAGCUCGAGUUCAAGGGCGACGUUCUCGAACAGAUGGAAUACCGUCACGACUGGGCCACCUUCCCCCUCACCGCCGAUCACUUCCGAUACGUCCUCACUCAGCUCAUCCCGGAUGUCAUCUUCCACUCGGAAGGCCAGGACGAGGAUCAGGUCAGGGAUCAUUAUGACCGAGGUGACGAUUUCUACGAGUGGUUCUUGGGUCCACGCAUGAUUUACACCUCGGGGAUCAUCUCGGACCCUACCAAAUUCGAGACUCUUGAACAGCUGCAGGACAACAAGCUCGCUCUCGUCUGUGAAAAGCUCGACCUCAAGCCCUCGGACAGGUUGUUGGAUAUCGGCUGUGGAUGGGGUACUUUGGCUGCUUACGCUGGCAAGAACUAUGGAUGCGAUGUUACCGGGGUCACCCUUGCCAAGAAGCAGACCGCGUUCGGUAACGAGCGUCUCCGAAAGAACGGCGUCGAACCUUCUCAAGGUCGAAUUCUCUGCACCGACUUCCGACACCUCCCCGCCGAGGCUGGCAAGUUCAACAAGAUUGUCUCUCUCGAAAUGGCCGAACACGUUGGAAUCAGGAGGUACUCGACCUUCUUGAACCAGGUUUACAACUUGCUCGAGGACGAUGGUAUCUUCGUGUUCCAGGUCGCUGGGAUCAGGACGCGUUGGCAGUUUGAGGAUCUCAACUGGGGUCUCUUCAUGAACAAGUAUGUCUUCCCCGGUGCCGACGCUUCCUGCGCCUUGAACUGGGUCAUCGCCAAGCUUGAACACGCCAACUUCGAGGUUCGAAGCAUCGACGUUCUUGGCGUGCACUACUCGGCCACGAUCCAUAGGUGGUACCUGAACUGGGUCAGCAACAAGGACAAGGUCAUUGCCAAGUACGGAGAGAGGUGGUACAGGAUCUGGGUCUUCUUCCUCGCCUACUCGGUCAUUGCCUCGCGUCAAGGAUCGGCUUCCGUCUUUCAGAUCACCCUGCACAAGAACUUGAACGCUUUCAACCGUGUCGAGGGUGCUUUGGCGCACACCAGCUUGGACAGGCUGCGAAGUGGUGACCUCGAUGGACUCAAGUCUGUCGAGUAAAUGAUGCGCUCGGUGCGAACCGAUCGGCUCGCAGUAGCAGGUUGACUGAGAAAGCAAGAACAGGGGAAGAGUGCGGAUGAUGUGUAGAUAAACACGAAAACGGACCAGGACGGCAUUGGACGAUAGAUUAGGCAGGUGGAACCGAGUGCAAAGCCGAGCCUUGUCUUUCAUCUUGUCUCUUUCCGAAUGAAUUGCAUUGCAUAUUGCAUAGGCAUGUUUUGGUUUUUGGCAGAUAAGCGAGAUACUCAUCGUGGAUCGUGGAUCAUGAUGAUGGAUUGGAAUGUC